AUGCCCAACGCCGAGCCACGGUCGAUGCCUGUUUUUGAGCCGCCUCAGCGGCUAAUCACCGUCCGAUUGUCGUGUCAAUUCGAUCAUCUGCUCGGCGUAAAUGGUCGAUCUGUUUCCGGCAUCGAUUUGGGCAACAAGAUCGAUGUGGACAUCGAUCGCCAUCGCAGUCGUUUUUGGCUGGCGAGGCACGGGCGACAGAAGAUCGGAAGACCUCGCAACUCCCAAUUGCCUCAUACCGACGGUGAACCGCCUGGACCUCUUUCAAGAAGCGCUGCUCCGGCGCUGAUCGGCGGCAGAAACUAG